AUGAGCCGCCGCGUCCCCAUUGAGCCUCAACGAGUCGACGCCCCACUGACCCAAUCAGCAACUUUCCUUGUCCUCACCAUCACCAACAGUGCCGACGCCGUCAAGACCGUCCGCUCCACUCUCGCCGGCAUCGACUCUCUCGCCAAGAAUGUCGCCAUUCGCGAUCUCAAUGCCUCCUUCGCCUGUACCGUCGGCAUCGGCAGCGACGCCUGGGACCGCCUGACCGGUCUCCCCCGGCCAAAGGAACUUCAUCCUUUCCCUGAAGUCAAGGGUGCUGUGCACACGGCCGUCUCCACCCCCGGUGACCUCCUCUUACAUAUCCGCGCGGAACGUCGAGAUCUGUGCUUCGAGUUCGAGCGCCAGCUCAUGGACCUCCUCGGUGAUGCUGUAUCCGUCGUGGACGAGACCGUAGGCUUCCGGUAUUUUGACGUCCGUGAUCUCCUGGGCUUUGUCGACGGCACCGCCAACCCCGUCGGUCCUGCUGUUCCUGAAUCAGUCCUCAUCGCCGAGGAAGACACCUCGGCCAUCGGCGGCAGCUACAUCGUCCUGCAGAAGUACGUGCACGAUCUGAAGGCAUGGCGCGCCUUGCCCACCGAACAGCAGGAAGCAAUCAUCGGCCGGACGAAGCUGGAUAACAUCGAGCUCGACGACGCCGCCGAUGACCAGCAGAAGGCCCACAAGCAGCUUACCACGAUCGAAGACGAGAGUGGUGUCGAAUACGACGUUCUCCGUGAUAAUAUGCCCUUCGGAUCUCCCGGGUCCGGCGAGUUUGGGACAUAUUUUAUCGGCUACUCAAGGCGAUUGUGGGUCAUUGAGAAGAUGUUGCAGCGCAUGUUUAUCGGGGAUCCCCCUGGGAAACAUGAUCGUCUGCUUGACUUCUCGAAACCGCUGACGGGUACGACGUUCUUUGCCCCAUCUGCCAGUUUACUUGCUAGCUUGGACCCUGAAUGA